AUGGUGGUUGGGGGGUGCGAUACCCCGGUGGACGGCUUCACCGUGAUGCUGGUGGCACGACUGGACACGCCAUCACCGCUGGGCUUGCCCAGGACCCCCGGGGACAAACCCCAAGCUGACCCCGCAGUGAUUUCCCCCCAAGACCCCACCCUGCUAAUCGGCUCCUCGCUGGUCGCCACGUGCACGGUCAGCCCGGACUUUCACCUGAAAGCCGAGGACCUGUACUGGACCCUGAACGGCCGGCGCCUGCCCGCCGCCUCCUACGCCGCCCUUGGCCCCACCACGCUCAGCGUGGCCCUCGCUCGCCUCAAUGGCUCCAAGCAGCAGUCGGGGGACAACCUGGUGUGUCACAGCAGAGACGGCGGCAUCUUGGCCGGCUCCUGCCUUUACGUUGGACUACCCCCAGAGAAACCAGUCAACAUCACCUGCUGGUCCAAAAAUAUGAAGGACCUCACCUGCAAGUGGGCGCCGGGGACGGAAGGGGAGACGUUCCUGCACACCAACUACACCCUCAAGUACAAGCUCAGGUGGUACGGCCGAGACAACACGUGCCAGGAGUACCACACGGCCGGACCCUACUCCUGCCACAUCCCCAAGGACCUGGCCCUCUUCACGCCCUACGAGAUCUGGGUGGAGGCGUCCAACCGGCUGGGGGUGGCCGUCUCCGACGUCGUCAUGUUGGACAUCCUUGACGUGGUCACCACCGACCCGCCGUCGGACGUGCACGUCAGCCGGGUGGGGGACCUGGAGGACCAGCUGAGCGUGCGCUGGAGCUCCCCGCCGGCUCUCAAGGAUUUCCUCUUCCAAGCCAAGUACCAGAUCCAGUACCGGGUGGAGGACAGCUCGGAGUGGAAGGUGGUGGACGACGUGGGCAACCAGACGUCCUGCCGUCUGGCCGGCCUCCGCCCCGGCACCGUCUACUUUGUCCAGGUGCGCUGUAAUCCCUUCGGCAUCUACGGCUCCAAAAAAGCCGGCAUCUGGAGCGACUGGAGCAACCCCACCGCCGCCUCCACCCCGCGCAGUGAGCGAGCGGCGGGGGGCUGCGACCCCAAAGGGGGGGAGCAAAACACGACGCUGCGGCGGGAGCUGAAGCAGUUUUUCGGGUGGGUGAAGAAACACGCCUACGGCUGCUCCAACCUUGGCAUCAAGCUCUACGACCAGUGGCGCGUGUGGCUGCAGAAAUCGCACAAAACACGCAACCAGGUUCUUCCCGGCGAUAAGUUGUAG